CAAAACAUUCUACUAUGUUUUGGUCUGUCUGAACCCUUUCAUUAUUUUCUUUCCAUAGCUUCAUUGCCAUCAUCUGUCUUUUAUAUUUUAUUUUUUACAGUCUUUUAUCUGUCUGUCUUGGUUCCUCAACUAAACUCAUUUAAUUCUCUUUAUUCAAUGCUUGAAUUUAAGACCCUCUAGUGUUUUUUCUUUUCUUUUUUGAUCUUUAAGGAGUUUCAACAACCUCUCAGUGCAUUUAUGGUGGUGCAUCUGAUGGUUAGACACUAAAGAAAGGAAGAAACAAGUUGGUGCAAUUGAAGGGAACAGUCUGUCUCUAGUAAUUGCUUCUCUUUAUAAUUUCACCUAUAAAUCCUAUUUCUUAGUGUUUUUUACUUUGCUUUUUAUUCUGAGUAAUACCCAUUUUGAGGAAUAGUCUUUCCUGAGAAAAAUAAAGUUUGUUUUUUCCUGAGAAAAUUUCUUCGGUAGAAGGGGUUGUUUUGUUAUAGUUGUAAUAGUAUGGAUAUAUCGACUGCCUUGCUCCUUUUGGCAGCUAUCACAGCUUACCUACUGUGGUUCACGUUCAUCUCACGGUCUCUUCGUGGUCCACGUGUCUGGCCUCUAUUGGGCAGUCUUCCUGGCUUGAUCAAGAACUGUGACCGCUUGCAUGACUGGAUCUCCGACAACCUCCGUGCUUGCGGUGGGACGUACCAGACCUGCAUUUGUGCCGUCCCGUUCUUGGCCCAGAAACAAGGUCUCGUGACGGUCACGUGCGAUCCGAGGAAUUUGGAACACAUCCUCAAGACGCGUUUCGACAAUUACCCCAAAGGUCCUACGUGGCAGUCCGUGUUCCAUGAUCUGCUCGGUCAAGGAAUCUUCAACUCGGAUGGUGACACGUGGCUAUUCCAGAGGAGGACUGCCGCGCUGGAAUUCACCACCAGGACUCUUCGCCAAGCGAUGGCUCGGUGGGUCACUCGAGCCAUCAAGUUCCGGUUCUGCCCCAUCCUUGAAGAAGCUCAAGCCAAAAGCGAGCCGGUUGAUCUACAAGACGUAUUGCUUCGGCUCACGUUUGAUAACAUUUGCGGAUUAGCUUUUGGAAAAGACCCGGAAACAUGCGCUCAGCGGCUCCCCGAGAACGGCUUCGCUUCAGCUUUUGACCGAGCCACCGAAGCAUCUCUUCAAAGGUUUAUUUUGCCAGAGGUUUUAUGGAAGCUUAAGAAAUGGCUUCGGCUUGGAUUAGAAGCCAGUCUGAGCCGAAGCCUCGUCCACAUGAAUGAGUAUUUAUCCGACGUGAUCGUUACACGUAAGCAAGAACUGCUGAGUCAGCAGAAAGAUGGGAACCCACACGACGAUUUGCUCUCAAGAUUCAUGAGGAAAAAAGAAUCCUACUCGGAGGAAUUUCUCCAACACGUUGCACUGAAUUUUAUUCUAGCGGGACGUGACACUUCAUCCGUUGCUCUUUGUUGGUUUUUUUGGCUCCUCACUCAACAUUCAACUAUUGAAGAUAAAAUUCUACAUGAAAUUUGCACCGUCCUAAUCGAAACACGUGGUAUUGACACGUCAACAUGGUUCGAUGAGCCUUUAGGAUUUGAAGAAGUUGACCGAUUGAUAUAUAUGAAGGCAGCAUUAUCUGAAACCUUAAGGCUAUACCCGUCGGUGCCGGAGGAUUCAAAGCAUGUCGUGGUGGACGACGUGUUUCCGGACGGAACGUUUGUGCCAGCAGGUUCGUCGGUAACAUAUUCAAUAUAUUCGGUGGGGAGAAUGAGGUCGAUUUGGGGUGAUGAUUGCCUCGAGUUCCGUCCCGAGAGGUGGUUAACGGCUGACGGCAAGGAAUUCAUCAUGCACGACUCGUACAAAUUCGUGGCAUUCAAUGCUGGGCCAAGAAUAUGUUUGGGAAGAGGCUUGGCUUAUCUUCAAAUGAAAUCAGUGGCAGCGGCAGCGCUGUUGAGGCAUAAGCUGACGGUAGCGCCUGGGCAUAAGGUGGAGCAGAAGAUUUCGCUGACAUUGUUUAUGAAAUAUGGGCUUAAAGUCAACGUGCAUGGCAGAGAUUUGGGAGCCAUUGUUGAAAAGAUUAUCAACGAACAAAAAUUGCAUGGUAAAUGAGGGUUUCACGGUUGAGGAUAUUUAAGGCAUGGCGGCGGCGCGUGAGUGACGGUGGAAUGCAGAGUUCAAAUCUAUUGGUUAAAAUUUCAAUUUCGUGUAAGGAAACUAGGAAGUGGGGGCCAUGCUGAUAUUGAGGUUAAUAUCACAGAGGUUUUAAUUCAUGACCUUGGCGUAUACUUUAAUAUUAAAUUCUUGUUUUUUUCUUUGUGGGGACAUUUUGAAAUUGCUAUUCUAUAAAAUUCUUUUAUCUUCUUUCUUCGAUCUUUCAUAA